UUAAAUAACUUGCCUAGCUGACUCCAAGUCCACUGCGGACGUUUGGGAUCGAAGCGUCCGAACCCACAUCUAGCGUCUCCUCGUGAGCGGGGAGCGUUGUGGUUGAGUGCUGCUGCUGGAGUCACAUAGCGGUGCAGCUGCGGCAGCCCGGGUUCACCUCGGUCCUCAGAGGGAGCUCGUCCCGUCAGGCUGCGGUGCCGGAGAGCUUCCACAGGUUCAUCACAGGAGCUGGAGACACGGCGGGCAUCAUGACGCUGAGGAGAGUAAACGCGGUAGUCCUGAUGCUGCUGGCUGUGGCCUUCCUGAUCAUAGUCCAACGAAAUCUCCUCAACCUCAGCGACUUUCUACACAAGGAAAACCCAGAUGCAGGGGCGAUUCUUCCCUUCGAGGCCGAGCUGUCUCCGGCCCUUAAGCUGGAGUCGGCGAGGAAAGGAGAGGAGAUCCCUGUCCUCAUCACUGCUGCCGAGGAGAGACUCGGUGCCGUGGUUGCAGCCAUGAACAGUGUCUACCAGAACAGUAAAGCCAAUGUUGUCUUCACCAUUGUGACCUUGAAUGACACAGUGGAGCACCUAAAAGCGUGGCUAAGUGAGACCAAGCUGAAAAACAUCAACUACAAGAUAGUUGUUUUCAAACCCGAGCUUCUCAGUGGGAAGAUAUCCAAAGAUCCUCAGACACAGGAGGCUGCAAAACUGGUCAGACAGUUGACUUUUGCCAGGUUUUACCUGCCUGUAUUCCUGCCUGAGGCAGAGAAAGCCAUUUACUUGGAUGAUGACAUCAUUGUACAAGGGAACAUUCAAGAGCUUUAUGAAACCAACCUCAAAUCAGGACAUGCAGCUGCCUUCUCAGACGACUGUGAUUCAGCUUCUGCUAAGGGCAUUGUGCGGGGGGCUGGGAACCAGAACAACUAUAUGGGUUUCCUGGACUUCAAGAAGGCGUCAAUAAAGAAGCUGGGCAUGAGGGCCAACACAUGCUCCUUCAACCCGGGGGUCAUCAUCGCCAACCUGACUGAGUGGAAGAACCAGAACAUCACCCAGCGACUGGAGCACUGGAUGGAGCUGAACACACAGGAGGAUCUGUACGGUGAAACAAUGGCAGAGAGCAUUAUUACUCCUCCUCUCCUCAUUGCUUUCUACAAACGUCACUCCAACAUUGACCCCAUGUGGCACGUCAGGCACCUCGGUAAUACAGGCGCUGGAAACCGCUACUCCCCACAGUUUGUGAAAGCUGCCAAACUCCUCCACUGGAACGGACACUAUAAGCCCUGGGGCAGAGCAUCCUCUUUUUCUGAUGUGUGGGACAAGUGGUUUAUUCCAGACCCCACGGGCAAAUUUCAUCCUGUGCGCCGACACGAGGGGGACAGCUAGACUGAAAACGGGACCAACCAGAUCAGCUCAGACCAUGCAUUGUGAUACCUCAGGAAAUACGUUAGGCCUUGUCACUAGCCAACUCUCCGUUUAAAUUCUGCCAAACCAUCCUCUGAACAUAUUAAACUGUGUAGCCACUUUUUGCCUAUUCCAAGCUCACCUUAUCGCUUCCUUUGAAAUAGCUUUGACUCUCAUUUCUCUAAAUAUUCAGAUAAACGUUUGAAACCUGAGAGAUUUGCUGAUGAGGCCACGGUGAACUCAAUUUAUUUGAAUCCUAAAUGCGUUUUUAAUGUAACUUCAGAUCAGAUCGUGCAGCAAUGUUUAUUUCACCUACAUAAAAAAUGUUCUCUGCAGUUUUCAGAUGUCUGUCUGAAAAUGGCAUCAUGCUAAUCUUGCUUAGCCUCAAAUAGUGAAACUCAGCUCAAAACUUCCUGUGGAAAAGUCAUGAAUUUUAUUUCUAUCAAAAGCACAUAUCAGCGCCUUGUUUUAACACUUAGCUUAUGAUUUUAUAUGCAGCUGACUAAAAAAACUGCACCUCAGCAGAAAUGGAAGAACAUAAUGUUUGCAUACUAUUCCUAUGCUUUAUCAAGAUUUUUUUUAUACAUGCUGAAAAGCAUUUACCUUGCUGGUGUAAAUACUUUGUAAAGUGCAGAAAAUAAAAUACAUUUUUAAGCA